UUUCUAAAAAUUAUAUACGAUCCGUUUAUGAAAUGCAACACACGAACAAGUUUGUAAACAUUUUCAAAGAUAAGAAAUAGUGAUUUAAAAAUAGACAUUAAUAGAGAGGAAAACUAUAUCCACAUUCACAUGCUAAAGUAAUGACAACGUAUUCCCUCGUUGAUCAACGAAAAGCGAUUCAAAUGAACCGGGAUAAGCGUUGAGCUACAACUCAACAUUUAAAAGCCAACGUUUAUCCCUGCUGCCCCUCUCGGGCAAACGUACCUACCUGUGAAAAGUACGGUUCAUGAUGGAUUCGCCCAUCCCAUAGGGAUUACGUUGUGAUUGAGACGCUAGUAUUCCGUUGUAGAUUGGAAGGGCAGUUGGAAAUUAUGUCCUGCGGUUAAUGCUGUGGUUCAACCAAUUUUCAAACUUCUUUCGCGGAAAAUUUUGAACAUUUCAAAUUUGUAGCUUCAAUCUUCAUUUUCAGUUGUUUUUUUUAAAAAGCACUAAGAGCCACUUAAAUUUAGAAGCUUAUUUAAAAUCGUGAAAUUUCUUGUUUUAUAUUUCUUUUUUUGAAUCUGGAUGACAAUCCACGUGUUGUCUAGAUAAAGGCAACAGAUCAUGUAAAAACAUACUAUUUUCUAACAAAAUGAAUAAUAAAAUAGAAAAGCAAUUUCCUUGGGUCUCCAUCAUUAAAGGAGGAUUUUUAAAAUCAUUUUCUGAUGACUAUGAUAUUGGAACAUUGGAAUUACUACAAAAGAAUAUUACAGAAGAGAUUCAAAGAAUUACGCCCAAAUCUAAUUUGAAAAUAGCAAAGCUUUUGUUUGAAUGUAUUGAGGAUUUUUACUAUCACUUCUGUAGGAAAUGGUACCAAAGGAAAAAGUUUUCUCCUCCCAUGGAAGUGGCUUGGGUGCAUAUUUUAACCAAUUUUAUCAAAAUUGGCCUAAUUCUUAGUCAAGGAAAUAAGAAAUCAAAAUGGAUACAUCAGGUAUUGUCUGCAGUAAUGAGAUUCCAAGGCAAAAAUAAUCUGAUUUAUGAUGCACUUCUGUCCAUUCACAGUCUAAAUAAGAAAUAUCAGUGUGCUUAUGGUGCAGUUUUAAUGCAUAUUCUUAUCUACAUCCCUACCUUUGUCCCUGUGAUAAUUGAUGAACCAGCUGAGUACCUUAAAGUGUUUCUUCUAGUUAGAAGGCUCAAAUUUUUAAUAAGAGAUCCUGUAGAAAAAGCUGAGCUACGAAUGAAGGCUUCUAAAAUUUUGGCUCCUCCAACCCUUUCAAUUUGGCUGUUGAGCCAUGACUUUAAUGUAACCUGGAUGAAUUCAGUAUGCAAAAUCAACCUUGGGAUAAACAUUUGCAAGAAAUUGAAAGGAAAAGGAUCUGAAAAAGUGGUUGUGGAGACACUUCGAAAGAUAUUACUACCUGGAAUAUCCACAGAGAGAAGAGCUGAACAACAAGCAUCAUGCUUGGAUUUAAAUGAGACAACCCUUUCUGCCAUCAAGAAGAAAAAUGACAGGAGCCCUGAAAAUACACAAACAUAUACCACAAAUCCAUCUAAAACAAGAAAUAUUAAUGUGACAUGCAGUAACCCAUUUCUAUCAAAAGAUGAUAAAGAGGUCACAGUAUGUAAAACAGAAAUUAAAAUGAAAAAGAAAAGAAAAGAUCUUCAAAUGACAUGUGAUGAUCAAGCUCCAUCUAAAGAAAAAAGGGAGAUUACUGUUAACAAAAUUAAGAGGGGGGAAAUGCAAAAGAGAAAAAACUAUUUCAGUAUGAUACAUUACAAUUCACUUCUGUCUGAAGAUAAUGAUGACCAGACUCUAUCUGAAGUUGAUAAAGAGGAGAACAUAGCAAGUGAGAUUAAAAAGAUGCAAAAAAGAAAAAAAUAUACUAGUACAUUCCAGUAUGACCCAUUUCCUUCAGAAUAUGAUGAUGAGCAUAUAAAUAUGGAUAAAUCUGAUAUGAAAAAAUCUAUUGAGAAUAUAAAAGACAUAGUUGUUUCUGAAGAAAAUGCCUUUAAUGCAAUAAAUCAUUCUCUGACCAUCAAUGUUUUUGAUAAUAGUAAAUUAGUCAUCAAUAAGAAGAAUAGAAAAAGAAAGGCAGAAAACCUGCAAUGUAAAAUUAAGCAGGAUGAUCUUCCUUAUCAUGAAUGCAGUUCGAAACCUGCUAAAAAAAUUAAACAGGAGAACCAAAAAUUGGACAAAGUGGCAGAAAAGAAAGCAAAUGAAGUUAGUCAAAACUCUAUCGAUUCAUACUUGCUGAAAAACAUGAAACAAAGCUCAUUUGAUGAACCAAACAAAGUUCAUUUGAUUCAUCAGAAUGAUGAAAAAGGAAAACAAAGAGAAGAAGUGCUAAUUAUUGCUGAAAAAAAUCCAGAGAUUAUAAGUGAAACACCUAAUAAUCAUUCUUUACCUAAAAAUAUUUCUCAGUUUUCUGAAACUACCAAAAAUGGACAAAAAAAGUAUAAAAUACAAAAAGCAAACAAACUGGAUAGCAAUACUAAAGAAAUUGAGUUUAUUACUGUAAAUAGUGAUUAUGAUGUAGAAGAUUCACCAGUCAUUAUAGAUGAAAUUAAUGUAAGUGAGCCUAUUCCAAAUGAAAAGUCAUGUAUUUCUAAAUGUAGAAAUGUGAAUUCUUCUUUCAGCUGCUCUGAUGAUAACCAGCCUGUCAUUGUGACAGAAAUUAAAAAUUACUCAAACUUUGGUCUGAACUCUUCUCACGAAAAGAAAAAUAAACCCAUAAAAAUAGAACUAAAAUCUAAUACUGGGACCGAGAUUAUGACUGAAUUUGUUAAUCCUUCCAAUUAUGAUUCUGCUGCAGAUCAAAUUGCAUAUGAUACAAUCAAUGAUGUCAUACAAAAGAAUGAAUCAAUAUGUGCUAAAUCUGAAAAUAUGAUUGACAAGGAAGAGUAUUUGAAUUCAUUGAUCAAUUUAACUGAUUUGCAGGAUGACACACUAUUCGUAGAAUCCAAUUUAAGAUUGAAAAUUGCUGACAAAAGUCAUACUUCUGAAGAAAUUCUGAAUUCAUGUGCUAGUAACACAAGAAAUGACCAGCAAAAUCCUAUUUCCAAGUUAAAUAUUACUGAUAAAUGUUUCACUUCUAAGGAAAACAAGAACAUACUCACAGAUAACCAAACUAAUCUAAAUGUAAAUCAUGAAAAUCAUAAACAUGAAGAAAUUCAGUAUUCAUGUUCAGAUAGCUCAAAUCUAAUGAGAAAUGACCAACAAAACCCCAUUUCUGAAUCAAAUAUUACUGAUAAACGCAUCAUUUCUGAGGGAAAAAAGAGCAUGCCCACACAUAACCAAACUAAUAUAAAUGUGCAUGGAAAAAAUUAUAAACAUAAAGAUGAAAUUAAGGAUCAGUGUCCAGACUGCUCAAGUCCAAUGAAAAAGGACCAACAAGAACUCUUUUCAGAGUCAAAUUUUACUAAUGAACAUCUCAUUUCUGUGAAAGAAAAUAUAUUCUCAGAAAAUCAAGUUGAUGUGAAUAUAAAUGAUCAGAAUUGUGAAAAUGUUGAUUUGGGCAAAGUUAUUUCAUCAUCUAUGGAAGGACAUUCAGGUCGCAUUAAUGAAAGUGUUGAGGAGUCUUCACAAGAUUCAGCAGUACAGACUAAUAUCAUAGAUUAUUCGCCAAAUCAAACUUCAGAGUUUAUAGAAAAUUACAAAAGUCUUACAUCUGUUCACAAUUCUGAAAAACUUGACGACAAAAGUAAAGAAUUAUCCAUACACACAGAAUUAAAAAAAGAAAAGUUGGACAUCAUUAUUUCUCAUGAAGCUGUACCAAGAUUAGAGUCAGAUUCAUCUUACAUGUGUAAUUAUUCUUCAUUAAAUGAUGAGAAUUGCAUUCAAGAAACUGAAAAGGAAAAAGGUAAAUCUGAAUCAUUUGUAACUGAUGAAUUUAUUUCUGAUACCAAUAAGGUCAAUUUUUCUGAAAUAAACUUUGUUAAUACUGAAAUAACAAAAAAUAAUCCAUUAUCUUUUGUGAUUCAUAAAAAGAAAAUAACUCAAAAAGAUGGAUUUUCUGAAUCAUCAAUUGAGAAGAAAGUGAAUUCACAAGAAAUUGAAAUCAAAGAUACAAAGUUAAUAUCAGGUAGUAAUUUGUCAAAUAAAGUCGAUUCUAAAGUAGUUUAUAAUUCUGAUAGCAAUAGCUCUUUUGAGAUAGAUAACCCUGAAGUUGUGAAAGACAAUAUUUGUAUUAAUACACAAAGCCUAUCUGAAAACAGUUUAAUUAAUGAUCUGUCAAAGUAUCAAAUAACAGGACUGUUUUUUGAUGCAAAAUCUCCUGUCUUAAACACAGAUGCUGACUUGCCUGAAGAUUCUCAAAUCUUGGAUGAUGUCAUGAAACAAAAACUGAAUGGUGAAACUAACAAUGUUGAAAUUAAAACUCCUUGUUAUGCUGCAAGUGAAUUGAUGGAAAACAUGUUAAAGUUAGUAGAGCAAGCAAGUAAUGUUAACUCUAUAAGGCAAAAUAUUUUGAAAGGGGACCUUACAUCAACACUUAAUAGUUCAUCUGCAGUUUCUGCACCUGCAAAUGAAGAAUCUGCAAAAUGUUUAUCAUUCUUAGAUAUUUCUGUGGAAAAUGUAAAUAAUCUUUGUGAAACCUCAAGUUUUGACUGUCUUGCACCUAAAGGCUCGGAAUUUUUACAAUAUAGGGAAAUUGUUCGUGAUCAAGAGGAUAACAGAUCUGAAGAUACUCUUUCAGAAAAGAAAAGUAUUUUAAAAACUGGUGCAAGUGAGUAUUUUUCUGAUGCAAGCAUUGAAACUGAAAGUGAAGAAAGCAAUUUUUCUCCUAGAGAUUGUAAUUCUCCUGUGUCUUUUGAUGCUUUUACUGAAUCAUCUAAUCCAAAAAAUAAUUAUGAUAUGUACACUGAAAAAACUGAAUUUUCUUUAGAGAAUACUAUUGAUAGACAUCAAAUCCAUAAAGAAGAUGAUGAAAAUGAUAUAAGAAAAUUGCAGGACACUAAAACAAACAUUUCUAUAAAAAACAUACUACUAGAGGGAUCUAUGUUGAAUCCUGUUGUGUAUUUAGGAAAAAGAUGUGAUAGUAAAAACUUUAUUUUUGCAAAUUCUACUGUAUCUGCAGAUUUUCAUGACGCUACAACAAAUUCAUCUAUACCUUCUGAUUUUGGAGAUGGUGAUGAAGGAAUAAAUAAAAAGAAGCCUUCCAUAUUGGGUUUCAAAUCUGCCCAAACUACUUCAGAAAUCAAUAAAUCAUUCAAUCCAAUUAAUGAAAUUUCAAUCAAGCCAAAAGUAAUCGAAGAUUUGCCAUCUGGCAUGCAUGUUCCUUUCACUCAUAAAUAUAUUAAAAUUAGUGAAGUGGGGCAUGAUAUCAAAGUAGAAGUUCAGUCUGAACAGAAUGAUUUAAAAGAAAGAUGUUUGGCAACAUAUAAAAAAAUUUAUAUUUCUGAAAGAGAUCAAGAGUCCAUUGAACAUGUUUGUGAAAAAAUACUUUCACAAGAUCAGGGAGGUACUGAAUGUGACAAAGAUCAGCAAUUGAUUAUUUAUCACAAAGAGUCAGUUGAAUUGGCAAGUGAAAUAAAAGUUUCACGAGAUAAAGAAUGCACAGAAUGUGAUAAAGAAUUGACUGAGACAAAAAAAAGAAGAGAACCUGAGCCUUCACUUAACAUGAAGUUAAGAAAAAGACCUGUUCCUUUAAUUCAAAAAUUUGCAGAUAUUGAUGAAAGUUGCAAUGUGUCCAACCAGAACACUACUGCAAAGUAUUUGAUGACUCUGAGGAGUAGAAAUCCCCCUGCAUCAUCUAGUCAAGAUGUCAGGAGGGGUAAAUCUCAAAUUGUUACCAAAUGCUCUUUAAAAAAAUUAAAGACAGAAACAAAUUUGGAUUUGGAUUUUAGUGAACUUAGUUUAAAUUCUCCUAAAACUCCAAGAACUACACUAAAUGAUUCUUCAAAUAAAAGCAAUUCUGCAAUUGUGAAAGACAGCACUGAGUCUCCAACCAGUGGUCAAGGAAACAUUUGUAAGGUAUUAACUUGUGCAUCAAUUAUUUCAUCAAAUGAUACCAGAAUAAAAAAACAAGACACUGACUCUGAAGGUUACAAUUUGAGACCAAGAAAGUCAGUUAUAAUGCCUGGAAGAUUGAAACUUUAAUUGCUGUUGUUGAUGUUGCAGAAAUUAGGAGAAAAUUUUUUACUGUUGUUCCUAACAAUUGUAUAUUUGCUUUUCUAAUAAUUGAUUGUGUUUGAUUUGUAUAUAUUACAAAACAUACUUUAUAUGUAUUUUAAUAUCAUUGGUUUGUAUCUGAUUGAGUAUUUUCUCAAAUAAAAUGAAAUUCCAUCA